CAGCACCGUUCAUAGAAGCACUGAGCACUACUGAGAACGACGCUCUGUGCCCAUAGCUCAUAACACGGCCUGACAUUCCCCUUGAAGCGAUGGACAGUGACAGUGAGACUGAGAAUCCGUGGGUGGAGGAGGCUCAAGCUGUAGACAGCGUCCAAGAUGAGCCAGACACAAAUGAACUGAUGCCACCUUUUGAAGGAGACAAGGGCAAUAAACCAACCGCUGUUGAGUCUCCCUUGCUGGAGCCAUCACGUGCUCAGCGACCAAGGGAACCUACUAGUCCGUCGAGGAAGAUGUCGGAUCUCCAUGGAUCGGCAAAGGACCUCAUCUUUGGAGUUUGCAUAGUGAACUUCCACCAUCUCCGUGGACCAGAGGUUGAAUAUUCGAAACUAGCACAUGAGGACUUUACCAAGGACGUGGCAGACUUAUGGCCAUAUCUACCGUUCCAAGCAUUGCCCGACGGUGCGCAUGCGUUUGAUGAAACGUUUGCCUACUUCACGUUGAGAUUCCCCCUAGCAGAUGAUAAAGAGAGCACGCUGUUCGGCAUAUCAUGUGCUAUGAGGAUCAAUUCUCAGGACUUGUUGGAGAAGGACUCAGACGUGACGAGAUCUUCAGUGCAGAAGGCCAUCGUUGUGAUACUGAGACAGCCUGUAUACGGACAGAUAAAGGAGAAGUUGAGCAUUGUCACAAGGGCGUUCUUUGAACAGAAGAACUUCAAUGAUAGAAGCAUAGUUGAUGUUCUAUAUCAGAACUUGAGAGACAUAUACAACUCCGAUGCUACGAGCGUCGAUGAGAGUGAGUUCUACUCUGGUAUAUCUUUAAGAGGGUUGGUGAGGGAUUUCAACAAGGACGUACUGGUGAUCUUGAAGGCCAUGCUAUUAGAGAAAAGAGUGGCAUUCUACUCCUCAAACCCAACCACUCUCUGUGUUACUGAGUUUGCAUUCAUCAGCUUGAUACCAAACUUGAUAAAUAACUUGUUAGACUCUUCUUCUCCUGAGCUGGAUAACUACUCAAAGACUCUAACAACGCAGACGAGCUUCCAGAUGUCGGAUCGAAACUCCGUAUUAUCAUUUGCAGGCUUACCCUUGCAGAUAUUCGGAAAAGGUGGGUUGUUUAGCCCGUACUGUCCGCUACAACAAUUUGAUGAUCUACGAAAGACUCCACACUACGUUAUAGGGACCUCGAAUGCCCUUCUCUUGAACCAAAAGGCGCAAAUGUGUGAUGUGUUGGUAAACUUGGAUACGAGAACUGUGGAGAUUGUUGACCAGACCCUGGUACAACCUUUACAUCUUCCUUACUACGAUAGAAAGUGGAUGUCUCAUGUCGCACAGGCUGUGGCUAAGUCAUGGAGUGAUAAUUAUUCGGCAUUUCUGGGGUCUGAUGAUUAUAUCAGAUGGCAAUUCGAAGAUUACCUCACCUCAAUGCUAUCAACGGUUAAGUUUGCAAACUAUUUGGACAGGUUCAAUGGAACUCUACCCUCAAGCGACUUGACCGCAAGAGAAUACGACUCACAUCAGUUGAAGAACUUCAACUUGGACUUCAUCAAUCUGUGGAAAAGUACAGAGAACUAUAAACUGUUCAAUACGCAUACUGAUGAUCAUAUCUUUGACAUCUUUGAACCUAAGCACGUUUAUUCUGAGGAAGUCAAGACUCUAAGUGAAAAGUUUCAAAUAUUUAAGAAUGAGAAUACAAAGAGAUUCGAAGAGUACAAGAAGAGUUUCAAAACAGCAACUUCAAAGGAGCAUCAGGAGCAUAACGAAAACGAAUCAUCAACAGAAAAGAACGUUAAUGACAAGAAAAAGAACCAACCAACUACUACGAAGGGUAUAUGGAGUUGGUAUACGGGUAAGAAAACCAAUGAGUGAAUGCUAAUAUCGCAAGUGGCUUUCUGUUUUUGAUCUGGUCUUUUAAUUUAGUCUAAAUGUGUUAUAAAACAGAUAUUCCUCCAAAGUCUUGAUCUGGAGGUAAUACAACUAAUGGUAGUCUGCAGUUGAAUUCAAAGC